GCCGCAGGGACUGGAGACAGCAACCGCUCGAGUUUGGGGCGCGGAGACGGCCCGGAGCCCGGUUUCGGCGACCCCAAAGGGUCUUUUCCUGGUGACGUGAGCAGGGACCCGCCCCCUUCCUUGUAUAAAUAAGUCACACUGUCGACCGCGCUUCAUUCAUAAGAUUUUGACCCGCGACGGAGACUGAGCUGCGAGGGACCCCGGCGGUGGACUCCCCUUUUCGCCCGCAUCCCCGUGGCCGCCGCCAUCUGAGCCGAGGCGCCGGGCUUUGCAGGCGCUGCAGAAUCGGAGGCAGGAGCGUUCCUCCCGGGAAGCAACGGACUUGAGCGGACGCUUCCACCUGUGGUGCCCAGCCGCUGCAACACGUGGAUCUAGGACCCGGCGAACCCCCGCGCCGCUCAGGACGCCCGCCGACUCCCCCCCAGGCACUGACAGCCGGAGGGGGAGGAAGAAGAAGCGGCAAGCCGGCCACGCUCGGAGGCAACUUCGCCAGCCCGACCUCGCGGCGGCGGCGGCGGCGGCACUUUCGGCCGGCCGCUCGCCCGCGGCUGGCCCCUCAUCUUGGCUUCCAGGCGACCGCCGCGCGGCCGCGGCUUCCUGCCUGCGCCCCCGAGGGAGAUGUAUCAGGGCUUCCCGGGAGACUACGACUCCACCUCCCGGUGCAGCUCGUCCCCCUCGGCCGAAUCCCAGUACCUCUCCUCGGUGGACUCCUUCGGGAGCCCCACUGCCGCCGCUGCCGCCUCCUCGCAGGAGUGCAGCGGCCUUGGGGAAAUGCCCGGAUCUUUUGUGCCAACAGUGACUGCUAUAUCCACAAGCCAAGACCUCCAGUGGCUGGUGCAGCCUACUUUGAUUUCCUCAAUGGCUCAGUCUCAGCAGCAGCAGCAGCAGCAGCAGCAGCCGCCGCCGCCGCCGCCUUCGGGGCCUCCCCCACCCACAGUGGACCCCUAUGACCUGCCUGGCCCCAGUUACGCUGCCCCGGGAAUGGGAGCCUAUGGGGCUGGCCCUUCAACCGUCCCUGUGGCUGCGGCCAUCCCGCCUCGGUCCAGCAGGGCUCGGCCCCGAAGGACACGGGAAGAAACGCUGACCCCCGAGGAGGAAGAGAAGCGACGGGUCCGGAGGGAGAGGAACAAGCUGGCAGCUGCCAAGUGCCGGAAUCGACGUCGAGAACUGACCGACCGGCUUCAAGCGGAGACGGACCAGCUGGAGGAAGAGAAAGCUGAGCUGGAGUCGGAGAUUGCGGAGCUGCAGAAGGAACGGGAGCGGCUGGAAUUUGUCCUCGUGGCUCAUAAGGGCAGCUGCAAAAUCCCCUACCAGGACAUCACGGAACUGAGUGGGCAGCCCGGCCCCUCGGCAGAGGUCAGCGCCCUGGCCAUGCCGGUCAAGGAGGACCCCUUUGGGCCCUCGGCCCCCUACUCCUCGGUGCCCCUGCAUUACCAGCAGGCCCUGGGCGGACUCCCGGCCGCAGCCCUGGCCCCGGCGGAGGUAGCGUUUUCUAGUUCUUACUUUAGCCAUGCUGAAGAGCUGACCGACCCGUACCCGGUUAACCCUUCCUAUACGUCUUCGUUUGUGUUCACCUACCCAGAGGGAGCCACCUGUGGAGCCAGCCACCAGCGGAACGGCAGCAGCGACCACUCCCCGGACUCUCUGAACUCUCCCUCGCUCCUUGCUUUGUGACACUCAAAUCCACAACUUGCGCCUUUGGGUCUAGCCUGCCAGCCCACCCGCCCCUGCCAACAACGGGCUGGGCGAAGGGGGCCGGAGCCCCAAUGCGCCUGGGCACACCGCUACCACCUGGGAGCCUCUAACCCGCUCUGCUGCAGCUGCGGCCGCCGCCUCUAGCCCUUGCGAUGCGUUCUCAUUCCCUCCUUGGGGGUGCAGCAUACAGUGGAGCCAAUGGUUGCCCUUUGGCCCUCUCCUCAGCUGAUUCCCACAUCGAGAGGAGAAAGGAGGAUGUUUCUGGGCUGUGAGUUGGAUCCCCUUUCUCAAAGGGCUCCCAGCCCUCUUUUUCUCCUGGAAACAGGAUUUGCCUUCUACUGAAUUGGGACGCUUGGUGGAUCUGGACGAUUCCCUCCACACUUCAUCACUGUUUCUGUCAAUGGGGGCUGUGUCAAUGGGCUGCCCUGCAGAGUGGAAAACUUAAGGGGGAAGACCCUCCCUGUGCUGCCCCCACCCAGCUCAUGUCUUGUGGUGGCUUUGUGAAUGUGUUAGCUGCAUGGUUUUAAAACAGGCACUUUACCGCUUUCGCUAGUCAGCUUCGCAUCCUGAGUGUUGGAUCUCUCGGGCUACAUUUCUACAGGAUCUGCUUCCUCUAGGAUGAAAAAGCCACAUGAAGUGGCCAAUCAGGGCAGACCUUUUGUGGAUUAUUUGGGCACAUUCCUGCUGAAAGCUUUUAUCAUAUUAAAGUGGGCCAAACUGUUGCAGCCUUGCUUUUUAAUCGCCCGUGGACUUCUGCAAAUUGUAAGGCUGCUCUUGGGCAUUGGAUUCUUUGAGGUCGGGGUGAUAUUACUUUGGUGGGCAUUCAACUCUCCCUGAAACCUUUAGCCAAGCAAAUUAAUUAUGCCAUCAAGUCAGUGGCUACUUUUAAAAAUUUUCCAUUUUCCAGUUUUGUAAAUGGGAAUGAUGGGUGAUACAAAAAACACUUUAUCUGGGAGGAAACUUUUGAGAAGCCAAAGGAAAGUGGAACCUGCAAAAAAACCCCAAAGCAGCUGAGGUUUUUCUUCCACUGCUGCUGUAGGUGGGCUGGCUGGCCACUCCCUGCCAGGCCCAGGCAAUGCUUCCAGUGAGUCCAUCUGCCCAGCGGGCUUGACUAGUAGACUUUCUGCAUUCCCUGGAAGGGAUCUGCUUCCCUUUGGCCAUCUCCCUCACUCGGUUUCUUUGACGGGCAAAAGCAAGAAGGUUCCUGGUUUCCGGGAAGGAUGGGGGGUGGGUCUAGGUGACAAAUACUGUGAAGGGACCUCUGUAAGUGACCGCUUUUCCUGCAGUUGAGCACUAGGUUUCUGCUUCCUGACGUGGGCCAGCUGGACCUCAAACUCAUUGCAUUCUUCCACUUAGGACGGUCAGCUGCUGCCCCUCUGCUCUCAGGCCAGGCUUCUGGGCUGCCCAGCAGUCCGAGUGGGGUCCAUCUCUGCUGCUUUAGACUGGUAGUGCAGAGUGUGACCCCUUCAAUUGCUCACUGCCUCCCCCUCCCCUGGUCUAAUCACACUGCUGCUUUUCCAGGCCUGUGACAUGUAGGUUAAUUCUGGCCAGGGGGCUUUCUUGCCCCACGCUGAGGCCUCUUGGGUCCCCCAGAGCCAAGCCAUGCCAAGUGAGAACAUCAGCCCUUCUGAGCCUCCCACCCAGGGCUGCUUUCUGUUUUGUGCUGGGGGUCCUCAGCUGCUCUGCAUUCGUGGGGUGUUUUGUGCAGCCUGCUCUGUUCUGUGCCUCUGGUUAACCUCCCCUUGAGUGUGUUUCUGGACUGAGAAAGCUGCUGUGCUGCUUCUUGGCUCCCCAGAGCUCGCCAUGAUGCUAUACAGAAUGUUUCCAAAACUUUUUUCUUGUGACCAAGCUUUGGAUGUUGUGGGUUUUUUUUAAUUAUUUUAUUUUUUUAACCUAUGGACUUUUAUUUAACCAGCUUUUUUAAAAAAAACAAAACAAAACAGAUCCUUGCUGGGGUUGGGGGAAUAUUUUUAUUUUUAAUUAUUGUUAUUUACCCCUUUGUGCUGUAAUUUUUUUUGUGAUGUAUUUGAUGAAGCAAUCCAAGGGCCAGUAGAGGGAAGGCGAAGUUUGGCCCCUGCUUUGGCCCUCCUGUCCUGCACUUAACUGGUCAGCAAAAUAGCAAAUAAAGACAGCUUUGAAAAAGAUGCACUUUUUAUGAUGAAUAUAUGAUCUAUUUUUUCAAAUUCAUGUAAAGAAAAAAAUGAGGUGCAAUAAAAGAUCUCAAGCCGUAGAUCUGCCUGGAUUUCUCCACAUUGAGACCCGAUCGCCCGUUGCCGUCACCCUCAGUAUCCCGGGUGGUGGGCUUGGGUGAAGUUGAUGAGAGGCCCUUGCAGGGGACUCUGUUGUCACCCCAGGAUCCAUAGAGUCUUCAUCACUCCUGUUAAAAAUAAGCCUGUUUAUUAUCUAGUGGUGUCUUUUGCUAAAAUUUUAUCUCCUGGGAUUGUUGAGGUAGAGUCUUGUUGCAUAGAGAGGCUCCACUUAGCAGUGAAAACCUACGGUGAAUAAGCCAUUCUUGCAUAGAGAAGGAAAGAGAGCACCAGCUUCUCAUGACUUAGCAGCACUUGAGAAGUGGCUGGCUGUUGCCCCUACUGCCUCCUGCUGGGACUCCUGCCUCCUGCCCAGUCCGGCCCAUGGGCCUUGGGGUCCCUGCAGGUCUCUCACUCCAGAGCCACUCAAUACUGCCCCCUGCUCACUUUAACUCCUGAGCAUGGAUGACGGUGGCCACCAGCCCUGCCUUGUCCAGCAGGAGCAGCAGACAGCCUGGUCAGUCUGGAUCAACGUAUUUCCUUGCAGCCUUUUGCAAGUUCUAAUACAGGUAGUCCUCAAUGUACAACAGUUCAUUUAAUAAUUGCUUGAAGUUACAGCACUCAAAUAAGUGACUUAAUGAUUGGUUUUUACUUGAUCAUUGCAACAUCCCUAUGGUCACAUGAUCAAAAUCUUGGCAACCAGCAUGUACUUAGGACAGUUGCUGUGCCCUGAGGUCAUGUGAGCCCCUUUUGCGAUCUUCUGACAAGCAAAGUCAAUGGAGGAGCCAGAUUCACUUAACAACCAUGUUACUAACUUAAUUGCAGUGAUUCACCUAACAACUGUGGCAAGAAAGGUCAUAAAAGGGAGCAAAAACUCGUAACAGCUGUCUCUCUUAGCAACAGAAAUGGUGGGCUCAAUUGUGGCCAUAAGUGGAGGACUGCCUACAGUUUUCAGUUGUGCUUGAUGUGUUGUGGUCCUUGGGCUCCCUCUGCUGGCCACACUCCCAGCCAAGCUGGAUGGAGACUGAUCCAUAGGCCAAGUUAUUUUGGACUACUAGUGACCACGUACAAAGAACCUUUCCCCAACCUUCCCUCUUCAGGUCUCCCAACUGUGUCCCCAUCACCCCUAUAACUGUGUCCCUCCAUUUGG